AUGCCGUUUGGAUUGAAGAACGCUGGGGCCACGUAUCAGCGAAUGAUGACGAGAAUGUUUCGAGAAAAAAUUGGAUGCAUGGUUGAAGUAUACAUUGACGACAUGGUGGUAAAAAAGCAGAAAAGAGUCACAACAUACGGAAGACCUCCGGGGAGUAUUCGAGAUACUACGGCGGAUAAAUUGCGCCUGAAUGCCGAGAAGUGCACUUUCGGUGUGGGGGCUGGCAAGUUCUUGGGUUAUCUGAUCUCUACUCGGGGAAUAGAGGAAAACCCCGACCAAAUAGAGGCCGUGAACUGUCUCAGACCACCAAGCAAUCCCAAGGAAGUGCAAGUGCUUACCGGGAUGUUAGCCGCCCUAAACCGAUUCAUCUCCAAAUUCGCCGAUCAUUGCCGGCCAUUUUAUCAACUUCUGAAGAAGUGGAAGGGGUUUCAUUGGGACGAGGGAUGUGAUGAGGCUUUUCGAGAGCUGAAGGAAUACUUGGCAAAGUCGCCAAGGUUGACAGCCCCGGAGCCCGGGGAGGAUUUGUUUAUGUACCUCUCAGUCACCGACCAUGUCAUAAGUGCUGUGUUACUAAGGGAUCAAGGAGUACAGAUGCCAGUGUAUUACAUAAGCAAAACCUUGGUAGAUGCCGAGACAAGAUUGGGAUUUAAAGCUUCAAACAACGAAGCCGAGUAUGAGGCCCUACUGGUCGGAAGCUUUGAAGCUCGAGACUCUCGAAUGAAAGCUUAUCUAAGUGCAGCCAAGCAGAUUAUCGGUCAAUUCGGAACGGUAAAGGUGUCCCAGGUAGGUCGGUCACAAAUCAAACACGUCGACUCACUAGCCACGUUAGCUUCAUCGGCUACUGAGGAUACGCCACGGCUAGUCACAAUAGAGCUUAUAAGGGAGCCAAGUAUCAAUGUGAAGAGUAUUCAAGACCAAGCCAGAGUGGAGGUUGCAAAGGUAGCGGUGGCCAAUUCGUGCUGGAUGAACCCGAUCAUAGAUUUCCUUGCCGAGGAUAAAGUUCCGAAUGAUGAAGACGAGGCCAAAAAGAUUCGUCGGGUAGCUCCCUGGUACUGGUUGUCUUCGGAUCACAAACUGUAUCGAAGGUCUUUCGCAGGCCCUUACAUUUUGUGCUUACAUCCCGAGAAAGUAAGCGAGCUUCUAACCGAGCUACAUGAGGGAGUGUGUGGCGGCCAUGUUGGGGGACGAUCUUUAGUGCAUAGAGCGAUGACCCAGGGGUUUUGGUGGCCAAUGAUGCAGAAGGAUGCCGCCGAAUAUGUCCGGAGCAAAGCUUUUCAGGCCUUCUGCAACGUUCUCGACAUCAGGAACAAGUAUUUAACCGCUGCUUAUCCCCAAAGCAACGGCCAAGCUAAGGCAGUGAACAAGACGAUUUUGAACGGGCUCAAGAGGAGGUUGGACGAGGCAAAAGGAAGAUGGGCUGAAGAGCUACCCAAUGUAUUAUGGGCUUACCGUACGACCUUCAGAAGAUCCACGGGCGAGACCCCUUUCUCUUUGACACACGGCGCGGAGGCUGUGAUACCAACCGAGGUGAGCUUAUGCAGUGCACGGGUCGUGGGGUUUGACCCCACCCAGAACGCCGACCUGAUGAUGGAGCGUUUGGACUGGCUAGAAGAAUGCAGGGAGGUUGCAAUCAUAUGA